GUGGUGGUUGAGGGGUAGGAUAGAAAUCGCCGUUAGCGAGGCGUUGACCUCCUGUCGCCUCUUCUUUUCCCCCCGCCAUGACUCCAGAGCGGGAAGCGGGCAGCCAGGGCAUCAAGUUGUCAGCAGAGGUCAAACCGUUUGUGCCCAAAUAUACGGCGGUAAAAGUGGCAUGGUCAGAACCCUCAGAAGCAUGUGUCUUUCCUAGAUAUUAUACUACAUGCUACCCAUAUGUUCAGGAACCACCAGUGAAUAAACCACAGGUAUAUACUCAAGAUGUGUUCUGGGAACCCACUACUCCUCUGUCCCAAUAUGCAUCUCAGAAUCCUUUGGGCAAUAAUUUGCUUGAGGAGUACACCAGUCCUCCUUACUCAGUUGAUGCCACACCAAACGUGUAUUCAGUUGCCAGCUUCCAAUGUGAAAACAACAACCCUAAGUUCUACAAUUCUUCUAGACAGGACAGGGACUAUGCCAAACAGACUUCUCUCCAAAGAAAAGGGGCUGCAAGUCUUCCCAGGAGGCGACCAAAAGACCAUGAAUCCAAACUGGAGGAUAAAAGACCUGAGCAGAAUGACUUUUCUAGCAAAUCAACAGAGAGUACAUCUUAUACACUUCUGCAUGGCAGAAAUCCCAUUAAAUCAGAGCGGCCUAUUAAAGCUGUGAAUGGAAAAUUCAAGCAAAAUCCAAACAAUGAGUGUCUUCCAGAACCAGCCUUUGAAAUUACCCUCUCAGAUUUUCCAAAAUUGCAAGGCCUGGGAAGUAGUGAUCUGCUGGACCUUAAAAAACAUACAUGGGAGUCACUUCGCUCUGCUGAAGGAGAUAAGCUGCCUCUGAACUCUUCAGAAAAAACAGCAGUUUCAGCUUUCAUUACUAAAGAGGGUGAAGUACCUCUGAAAAAGCACUUCCCUGAAAGACCUUUAAGUUCUUCCUCUGACCCUGGAGUUCCUCAGGUUUGUUCAGGUUAUUUCACUGAGGCGCCGGUGUCUUGGGCCACUGUGCUAUCGCAGACUCUCAAGAGAGUUGUUUCAACACCAGCUGCAGCCCUUGCCAACAACCAGUCUGACAGUAAGGCAAAAGAUGCAGUUCCUGAAGCAUGUACGCCAGAAGCAAGAGAAAACACUAGUGACAAGGAACUUGAAGAAACAGCAGACAAAAAGAAGAAGAAAAAGAGAAAGAAAAAGAAAGCCAAACAAAACAAUGAAGGGGAGGACCUUCAUACGAACAUUUCAGUUCAGGAACCUCCAAGGAUUGAGGAUGAUGACGAAUUUCCGAACCUUGCAGCAGCUACUGAUAAAAAGUACAAGCCAGGGACACAAAAUACGUUUUAUGCAGCACCUAUUUCCAGGCAGCAGACUGAAGUAAGAAGACAAGAAUCUGAGUCUGAAUCUCCUAGUGGGCAUUCUCAAAAUGAAUUAGUGACUCCCAAGCCAGAUAUAUCAUCAGAAGGAAAACCAAGGAAACAUGCUUUACCUGCUCCAGGAGAAAAAUGGAAACCGCAGAAACCAUCCAAAAGCAGUGGGAAGAAGAGUCAGAUACCUGUGCAGCUUGAUUUGGGGAAUAUGCUGGCUGCUUUGGAGCAAAAGCAAUGUGCGGAAAAAUCAAAACAGUCAAAACCUGUGGUUCUUUCAGUUGGUGGUGCAGUAACACUGCUUUCAAAGGAAUCUAUGACGGUAACAAAAAGUCAACAGUUAAACCAAGGGAAGGUUCCACAUAACCCUUUGGAUUCCAGUGCUCCCUUGGUCAAGAAAGGAAAGCAGAGAGAAGUCCCUAAGGCAAAGAAGCCAACAGCACUCAGAAAGAUUAUUUUGAAAGAAAGAGAACAGCGGAAACAGCAGCACCUUUUAGAACAGACGGCAAAACCACAGGAUGAUGCUGUUCAACAAGGGGCCGAAACUACUUCUGAGGUAGUGUCAGAAGACAGCAAAGCAGAUAGUACAGAGGAAUACCCGAUAGAUCCUCUCACUCAGGGUAGUUCACAAGUACCCUUGAAAUGUACAGAAGAGCAUGGUCCCACAGAAAACGCACUUGUUCAAACACGGCCGAAUUCCAGCCUUCCCAAAAUUCACAGUCGAAGAUUCAGAGAUUACUGUACCCAGGUACUUAGUAAAGAAGUUGACAGCUGCGUAACAGAUCUCUUGAAAGAGUUGGUUCGCUUCCAGGACCGCCUGUAUCAGAAAGACCCUGUCAAGGCCAAGACGAAACGCAGGCUUGUUAUGGGGCUCAGAGAAGUGUUGAAACACUUAAAGCUGAAAAAGUUGAAAUGUGUCAUCAUUUCCCCAAAUUGUGAAAAGAUUCAGUCAAAAGGUGGGUUGGAUGAGACUCUGCAUCUCAUCAUCGAUUCUGCUUGUGAACAGAACAUCCCGUUUGUUUUUGCCCUCAGUCGCAAAGCUCUCGGGCACUGUGUGAACAAAGCAGUGCCUGUCAGUGUGGUGGGAAUUUUCAGCUAUGAUGGUGCUCAGGACUAUUUUCACAAAAUGGUGGAGCUGACAAUGGAAGCAAGAAAGGCCUAUAAGGACAUGAUAGCUGCUUUGGAAAGAGAGCCAACUAAAGAAGAAAAUGGGAGUGACUGUGUACCUGCAAAAGCCCACUGUGGAGCGAACAGUCCCGUAGCUACUGGCGAUGCGCCUCUUCCAGAACAUGAUGAGGAUGUCCCAGAUUACAUUAAAAUCUGGAAGCGGAAGCUUGAAGAGGAGUACAACCCUUACAUGCUGGAGCUGGAAAAACAAGCAACUACUGAAAUGUUGACCUUGAGUUAUGAGGAGCCUCAGUAAAUCAAGACCACCUUCUUUGGCCUUACUGGAUUUUUUUUUUUAUUUGAUAUAGAUAUGUAUAUACUAAAUUAUCUAAAAGUAAUUAUCUGGAAAAUAGGGAUAUAAGAAGUUGUUAAAAUUGACUGAUUGUAUUUAACAAAUCAUUACACUGGAUCACAUAAUUUGGGACUAUUUUCCAACAGCUGUCUGCUUGCCUAAGCGAUGAAACUUUUUCCGCAGCAUUCCAUCAAAGGAUGUGCUUUAGGGAGGCAGAAGUGGUUUGUUAACCUUUGAAAUUCCAGGCAGAAGCCAGGCAUCUGUCAACCUCCAGCAGGCUUUCUAAGACUGUUCACUGGUGAUUAAGCUCAUAAAGUUGUCAAAUGUCUCUCCUUC